AUGAAUAAUACUGAUCCCGCAGCAAAUUUCAAAAGUUUACUUGAAAGAACUAUCGCAGCGCGAGAAAAAAAAGAAUUGGAAACAAAACCACUAGAUGAAUUAUAUUCUGUAAUUUUUGAUAAUCCUGCCAAAAGAUUCAAAAAAAGUAAUGAAAACAAAGAUGAAUAUAUAUUAGAAUUGGAAGAUUCUGACACAGUAACCAAACUUGUCCAAGAAUUUUUUAAGGCUUGUUUGGCAAUUGGUAACACGGGAGAAUUAGUCAAUUACCUUACAGAAACACUUUUAAUUACUUUAACAUGGAGCAGAAUAUCACUUAUACUUUCGAUAUUAGGUGGUCUUAUAACAGAUUCACCCAUAACAUUUGGAAUUUUAUUACAACUCGGAGGAGAUAUUAGUCAUCCAGAUUCAACUCUUCAACCCGUAAUUCAUAUAACAAUACCUCAAAUAUUUAAAUACAUAACUCCUCUUUUAGAGGUAUCUUCAUUAGAAUUAAGGAUAGGAAUAAUUUCAUUUAUGUUAAUUAUUCUUAAACAACAUCCUCGAGCUAUGACGGAAAUUACUUCAGCUUCUUCCACUAAUUCAAAUUUGGCCUUGGAUAUUAUAAUCGCAAUUUUAAAAUAUAUUAAUGAAUUUAGUCAAAAUUUUAAUAAAAAAGAAUUGGAAUGUAUAGAAGUUGGGCGACAAAUGAUUGAUGCACUUUUAAUUGGUAAAAAUUGUGGAGGAAUUGGAUCUCCCGUUCGAGGACAUUUCAUAAAUGUCCAUUGGUCUAUGGAAAAAUUUGUUAAUGAUUUGUUAAGACGUCGUAAACGUCUUGCAUUUUUGAUGAUGUCACCUGGUCACGUUGCAAGUUUUUAUUCUCGAUUUAAUGAUUUGUUAUUCCAACGUGCCCCCUUUGAAGAAGUUAGAGCUUUAAUAAAAAUAAUGAAAUCACAACUUCAUCCUCAUUCUCAUGGUUUGGAACCUUUACGUGAAGCUUUCUUCACAAAAGUGCAUGACGUAAUUGUUACAAUGCAGCAACGAUCAAACUUUAAGGAUCCACGAGAAGAUGCAACUUUACCACUUUCACCAGAAAAAACAAUAAUACCUGAGAAUUUAGAUUUUUGGGAGUUCAUUAUCGAGCUUGGUGAUCAAUUAUAUGGCUUAGUGGCAAGAACACCAGAUUAUAUGAAAUAUCAAGAUGUAUUAACAGAAUUUUAUCAUAUGGUAUAUCCUAAGCAUGGAAAUCAUUUUAGUCGAAGUGUUCACAAAGAUAAUACGUUAACAUGGUUAUUGGUACAACUUUGCCAAAUUGAUAAGAUUUUUCAAGUUCUUACCGAAGAUUUAGAUAAUGACGAAAGACUUUUCAGUAGGCUUCUACAAUUAUACAAUGAUCAGCAAACCAAAUCUAAAGAUGCUUUUUAUUUACGAGAUUUAUCGGUUCCAUGUAUUCUUAUUUUGCAACACGGAAAAUAUCGUGACAGAAAUAAUCUUAAAGCGCGUCAUCCUCAUAUCCUUGAAAAACCGUUAGCUUACUCGCAUACUAUCAUUAAUCCAGUACGAGCUUAUUUUCAAGCUGUUUAUAGAACUAAUGUCACAAAUUAUAAACUUUUCCGUAAUUUAUCUAUCGAAGAAACUAUUAAAAUUGCUUUACAUAGUCAAUGUGCAAAAAAUCAAGUAGCUGAUACAAUAUUAGUGCAUUUAUAUCCGGCGGAAUUAACGCAAGUAGGAAAAUUAGGAUUUCCUGAAGCGAAAUUUAAGAAAGGUGGAAAUGUUGGUUAUAAACUUUUGGAAUUUAUUAAUAUCAGUCAUAAACAUAGACUCUCGGAACUUAUAUACAGAAUGUCGCUAUUUGAAACUGGACCUGCGAGUAGCUUAGACAAAAAGGAUCCAUGUAUUUCACCAUAUAUAUUAGACGUCCUUUACAAAAUAAUUUAUAUUGCCCCUUGGUCUCUUGAAGUAACAUUCAAAGAAAUAUUAGAUAAAUUAAGACGUUUAGAUAAACAUAAUAAACAUACUAAAGCACCUGAUUUAUUACAUUAUAUUAAGUAUUCUGUAUCUUAUUUGGAACAUCGUCAAACUUAUCGAGAUGUUGAAACCUUUGCUAUUCAUAUAAUGAUGAUGCAGGUAGAUGUAAAAUUCAUUAGAAGUAUUGCAGAUCCUGCUCGUGAGAAGCCAGUAUGGUUUCCUGAAUCCGAAUUAUUAGCGAGAUAUAUGAUUUUUACUCUUGCACGUUUGAUAAAAUUGAGGGGACUAAAUGAUGUUCAUGAUAUGGAAAGUUUAAUAUUAAGUAUUUAUCCUGUUUCAAUUCAAUGGUCAACCACGACUCUUAGUUAUUUCCCUGAACCAUUACGAACUCAUCUUAUUACACAACAAACGGAAAUUUUGAACGUUCCUCCGGUUCCUCCGUUUACUGAUCUUGAAAUGAAUUCAGCUUUAGAAAAAGGAAAUUUUUUCAGAUUAGUUUCUGAUACCACACUUGCCCUCGAAAAUGAAGAAAUAUUGAAAGAACAUUAUUCUAAAUUAGAGCAUCAACCUAUAUUUUUAUGCUCAUUAUGGAAAAUUGGAUGUAAAAGAAAAAGCUUAAAUCCUGACAUGAUGAACACACUUCGAAAAGUCUUAUUACAAUUUCCACCAUCAAAAAUGGCAUCUUAUACAAUGACAUUAAUAGAUUUUAUUAUAGAAAAGAUUGAAACUGAUUCUGAUAGUUCACCAGUAGAAGUUUGUCAUCAAAUGCUUGAUGAAUUAAUUUGGAGAUAUCAAAUAUUAUCAUUUGAACAUGUUUUAUUUGCAUUGAUUAAAGGACAUUCAGAAAAUAAUUCUACAGCAUUUAAAAUACUUGAAUAUUUGUUAAUCGAAUCAAAUCAAUAUUCCGAUAGAGUUCAAUAUUUUAUAUCAUUAGGGUUUUCACAUAGAUAUUGGGUAGAAGAUGAUCAUCAUGAUAAAAUGAUGAAAUAUCUUGAAAGAUAUCCCGAAUAUUUUCAAUAUGAAGCAUAUGCAAUGGAUGGAUAUGAAACAGUUACUAAACAAUUAGAACCACCACUAAUUACUCAUAUGCCAAUUUAUUAUACCAAUGCAAUUAGAAAAUCUUUACCUAUUUUGGAUAUAGUUAUUGGAAGAUUAAUUGAAUUUGAGGAACAAGAAUUAUUAAUUAAAAUAUUAGAUGAUUAUAGACAUAUUUAUAAAUAUCACCAAACACCACUUUGUUUCGUAAGAGAUCUUUUUUGUUAUUAUUAUUCUUCCCGUGUUUUACGAGAGCAAGCGAUAGCUACAAGGUUAAUAAAAUUACUUGAUUUUGAUGAAUAUGAGUUGGAAUCAGAAUUGUUACAAUAUGGAUCAAAUAGUUUAUUUCCCGUAGAAAUUUUUGAUGUCCCUUAUUUUGAAAAGGUCUUUCAUAAAUUGGCAGAUUCCGUUUCCCAAGAAAAAUUUGCUCCAAAGAGAAAUUCUAAAUUACCUGAACGUCAUUUUCGUGAAAUUCCUAAUCCAGUAGUAUUGGCAUUACAUAUUGCAUGUUUAGAAAUUUUGGCUAUUCCUAAUAAACCAGAAGAUAUAAUUAAAGCAACAUUGGAUAUUGUUGUUAGAGCAAAUGGAUCAAAGAAAAUUUCUUUAAAACAAUCAGCCAUUCAUACAAUUGCAUUAUUAUAUUCUUUCUUACCAGUGGAAGAAUUUGUUUAUAAAAUGUUUGAUGAAAUUGCUGUUUGUAUUAGUACUGAUCCUCAUCUGGGAGAAUUUUCUCAGGAAUUUAAUUUGAUCCAAAAUAAACCAAUACAACCAUCAAAAUUAUCAUAUUUUGGUAUUAAUUCAUAUCAAACAAUUAAUGAUCCACAAUGGCCAUUUUCAGCUCAUUCCACACAACCAUUUUCUACCAUGUUUCCUUAUAUAUUUAAUGUUUAUGCAUCUAAUCUUCAUAAUUUUACUUCAAAUGUAGCAAAUAGUUUCCUUACUUUUAUGCACAGUUUAUUACAUUAUUCAAAUACUGAAGUUUUACAAGUUCUUUUCACUAAACUUACUACAAUAAGAGAAAAUGUUAAGACAGAUAUUCAAUUACUUUAUUUAUGUGCUUUAUUUGGACCUGUUAUACAUAGAUUGGAAACUAAUUCUGAGUUUAUAUUAUAUAUAUUUCAAUUAUUAAAUGAUGUUACUCUAAAUAUGAGACUAGAAAUCUGUGGAGAUACUACUGUUGCAUUGGAACAAAGCUUUUUAUUUAAUGAUCCGGUUGCAUUUGCUAAUGUUCAACAAAUAAUUCGAAUGAUGAAAAUAUCAGUUCAGAGUAGAUUAUGUGGAUUUCAUAUUUAA